CCGCCGCCGGCGAACGGUGGCCACUCCUCCCACAUCCGGGGGAUGGGUGGAUGGGGCGCCAUGGAGGCCCUGGCUAUAUAUGCCGUCGGGAGGGAAGCCUGCCUAUCUACAAGGGACUCGUCAGCUCAAGCAGGCCUGCCUCCUCGAUCUUCCCCUUAUUAGUUAAUAAUACUAGCAGUAAUAAGCAUAUACUACCAAGCCUCGCCAUGGCCCCCACCGUGAUGGCCUCGUCGGCCACCUCAGUGGCUCCAUUCCAGGGCCUCAAGUCCACCGCUGGCCUCCCCAUCACCCGCCGCUCCCGAAGCUCCGCCGGCUUCGGCAACGUCACCGCCGGCGGAAGGAUCAGGUGCAUGCAGGUGUGGCCGACGGAGAACAACAAGAAGUUCGAGACGCUGUCGUACCUGCCGCCGCUCUCCACGGAGGACCUCCUGAAGCAGGUCGACUACCUGAUCCGCAACAACUGGGUCCCCUGCCUCGAGUUCAGCAAGGUCGGCUUCGUCUUCCGCGAGAACGCCACUUCCCCCGGGUACUACGACGGGCGCUACUGGACCAUGUGGAAGCUGCCCAUGUUCGGCUGCACGGACGCGACCCAGGUGUACGCCGAGCUCGAGGAGUGCAAGAAGGCCUACCCGGACAACUACAUCCGCAUCCUCGGGUUCGACAACGUCAGGCAGGUGCAGUGCGUCAUGUUCAUCGCCUACAAGCCCUCGGGCGCCGCCUAAUAAGCGCAGCCGCCGACCGAGACUAGCUCAUCAGCUCCUGCAUGAGCAGCCAUGGAGUGUCUGUUUUGUUUCUGCUUGCUUCGAUCGGGUCACCUUGAUUUUCUUUCUUUUGAUUUUCAUGGUUGCUUUCUGAUGCUGUAUCCAUGGCAUGCAUGUCAUCUAUCUCUCUCCCCCCAACCGGAGAGUUAUGUUGGGUGAGGGGCAUGGUGUCAAUGCAAGCUCCGGCUAUAUAUGAUCUGUAAUAUGGAUACUAUCUAGAGCAAAUUAUCUGCCAAAAUCCGCCGACAAUAUAUACUAGACCGUGUUAAUUACUGGUACGGUGUUUUUGUAUCAAUGUUUCCUCAACCUUAUAUAUGUAUGCUUCUCUGUCAA